AUGGAUAUGCUGAUAGCGAACGUCGACAGUUGGAUGUUCAAGAUCGAGAAGGAUUUAAAUGAACAAUAUGGAGCCCUUGCACUACCCUUUCCCGGGAUGGACAAAUCAACGGCCGCCGUCUGUUUGUUUUUCAACGCAUCCGAUGGGACGGAAUGUAAGAAGGGAAACUCGUGCCCGUUUCGACACAUCCGCGGCGAUCGAACGAUCGUGUGCAAGCACUGGCUGCGUGGUCUGUGUAAAAAGGGUGACCAGUGUGAGUUUCUGCACGAGUACGACAUGACCAAAAUGCCCGAGUGUUACUUCUAUUCCCGCUUUAACGCCUGCCACAACAAGGAGUGCCCCUUUCUGCACAUCGAUCCGGAGAGCAAAAUCAAAGAUUGUCCCUGGUAUGAUCGAGGGUUCUGUCGGCAUGGUCCGAACUGUCGGCACCGGCAUGUACGGCGCGUACUGUGCAAUAACUAUCUCGCCGGUUUCUGUCCCGAUGGGCCGGAGUGCAAGUAUAUGCAUCCACGGUUUGAGCUUCCACCACCGCCGGAGAUAAAGGAUCAAACACCAAAGCGUCCCACGACCUGCCAUUACUGUGGGGAGGUGGGCCACAAAGCGUCAUACUGUCCGAAAAUGCCACAAGAGCAACGGGAAGCUACGCAACGCAUGGAGGAUGCCAAGUAUCGUGCCCUUGGAUAUUAUAAACAUCGAAUACAUCAAGACUCCACAAAUGCAGGACCGGGUGCUGGCGGUGGUGGGGAGGAAGGCAACUUCAUGCCACAAAAACCUCCGCCACGUCCAAUAGAGGAGAUUACAUGUUUCAAAUGUGGAAUCAAGGGCCAUUACGCCAACAAGUGCACGAAGGGCCCGCUGGCAUUUCUCUCCAACAAUGUACAAAGAAAGUAG